CCGAGCUAGCGAGCGAGGCGGCGCGGGCAGAGGCCCGGCUCCCGCGGGGCACCAUGCCGGGCGGGCGGGUGUGCGCCGUGUGCGGCGGCUCGGAGAUCGAGGUGGACGCGGCGCGGGGGGACGCGGUGUGUACGGGCUGCGGCUCGGUGCUCGAGGACAACAUCAUCGUCUCCGAGGUGCAGUUCGUGGAGAACAGCGGCGGCGGCUCCUCGGCCGUGGGGCAGUUCGUGUCUUUGGACGGUGCCGGUAAAACACCAUCAUUAGGAGGAGGAUUCCAUGUCAAUUUGGGAAAGGAAUCGCGAGCACAGACUCUCCAGAAUGGGAAACGUCAAAUUCAUCACUUGGGAAACCAGUUGCAACUCAACCAGCAUUGUCUUGAUACUGCCUUUAACUUUUUCAAGAUGGCGGUGAGCAAGCACUUAACCCGUGGGAGAAAGAUGACCCAUGUAAUUGCUGCAUGUCUCUACUUGGUGUGUAGAACAGAAGGAACGCCUCACAUGUUACUUGACCUCAGUGACCUUCUUCAGGUGAAUGUCUAUGUGCUGGGAAAAACUUUCCUUCUGCUGGCCAGAGAGCUCUGCAUAAAUGCUCCAGCUAUAGAUCCAUGUUUAUAUAUUCCUCGUUUUGCGCACAUGCUAGAAUUUGGAGAUAAGAACCAGAAGGUAUCAAUGACAGCUCUAAGAUUAUUACAGAGGAUGAAAAGAGACUGGAUGCACACAGGACGCCGACCAUCGGGGCUCUGUGGAGCAGCUCUUCUAGUGGCAGCAAGAAUGCAUGAUUUCCGACGUACUGUUAAAGAGGUUAUCAGAGUGGUCAAGGUUUGUGAGUCAACGUUAAGGAAAAGGCUUACAGAAUUUGAAGAUACACCAACAAGUCAGCUAACGAUAGAUGAAUUUAUGAAGAUUGACUUGGAAGAGGAGUGCGAUCCUCCUUCAUUUACUGCUGGUCAAAGAAAAUUAAAGAUACAGGAGCUUGAGAAAGCGCUGUCAAAAAAGCUUGAAGAUGUUGAAGGUGAAAUAUCAAUUUACCAAGAUGAAAUAGAGAAUGAAUUAGAAAAUAGUAGGCCAAAGGCAAAAGGAGUAUUUGCCAAUUUGACUAAAGAUGAGUCUAUAGAAGAUAAUACGGCUAGUGUAUUUGGAGAGGAGGAGGCAGAAGAUGAAGAACUGGAAGCAGCUGCUAAUCAUUUAAACAAGGACUUUUAUAAUGAACUUCUCGAUAAAGAUAGAUUAAAGAAAAAUGAAGGGAGAGAAUGCAAAAAUGGAAAUGAAACUCCUGUAUGGCCACCUGCACUAGAAUCUCUGCUUGGCCCACUCCCUACUGCUGCCAGCCUUGGGAUAACAGAGUCUAUACAAGACUGUAUAUCCACUAAGGAUCGAGACCACAAUGAAAAUACAGGAGAUGGUGAACUAGAUCUUAGUGGAAUUGACGACACUGAAAUAGAUAGGUAUAUACUUGAUGAAACGGAAGCUCAAAUAAAAGCAGAACUGUGGAUGAAAGAAAAUGCGGAUUAUUUGAAGGAACAAAAGGAGAAAGAAGCAAGAAUAGCAAAAGAGAAGGAGCUUGGGAUUUAUAAGGAACACAAGCCAAAGAAGUCUGCAAAAAAGCGGGAGCCAAUUCAAGCUAGCACAGCAGGAGAGGCAAUUGAAAAGAUGUUGGAACAGAAGAAAAUCUCAAGUAAAAUUAAUUAUAAUGUGCUAAAGGACCUGAACAGCAAAGGAAGUAGCACACCAAAGAAAGAGGAUGACAGCACCGAUGACAGCAGCAACACCAAGAAGCUGUCAAGAAGAAAAUCCACUGCCAGUAGGAAUAUAGCCAACACUGUAAACAGUAUGGGAAAAAGACUUAGACCGCUCACUCAAAUGGCUAAGAGAGCAGCCACACGCCGCUCUCUGCUUCCUUCUGACUGGACAGAAGGGCCAGAGCUUGAAAAACCAGAGAAUGUUCUGGUAGAGAGUGGACCGGUAUCAUAUAACCAUGAUGAAGAAGUUGAAGAAGAAGAAAUAGAAGAAGAGGAUGAUCACUGCAUGAGUGCACUUCAGUUAAUGGGAGGAAAUGAUUACGGCUGUGAUAUGGACGAUGACGACGGUUAUUAGUCCUGUUUGCUUCCAAAGGAGAUGUAGUAAUUUUGUGAUUCCAAUGACUUUAUGAAUGGUGAAAGAAGCUGUCUGUGAUCAGCAGACAUAGCUGAACAAUCCUGACUUUUGUAAAGAGAAUUUUAGUUGAGUGUUGAUUCUGGUCAGUUUACAUUGACCUAUAACCCAGCAAUAAAGUUUGGGUUUAUCGUACUUGAAAUUUUUUUUGGAUCAUGUUUUGAGGAAGGAAUUAAUGGAAGUAAUGUUUCCAAAGAACAAAGAAAAAUAGAAAAAUAGCCUGUAUGCAGAUUAUGUUGUGGUUAGAAACUACAUGUCUCAUAUUUGAUCCUGCUUCAGGCAUACUACUGAAAAGGAAUGUAUAGAAGAGGAAUAAAUUAUAAAGUAAGUAAAACCUCCACAUAAAUCUUUGAACUAUACCAGGGUUAAUUCUCUCAUAAUGCUAUAAUGAGAAAAAUGGAUAAUCUAAUCUUUAUUAUUAAUGUGACUCUGCCAUUGCAUACAAGCUUCCCUACUUGAUACUCUCCCAAAAGUAAAUAAAUUAAGGAAAAAGAUAGAAUUCUAUGGCAGUAUCUCUUUAAAUCAAAUUAAUCCUCAGAAGCUAAAUAGGUGCUUACGUACAUUAAUAAUAGAAUUGCGUGUUCCUCAAGAGAUGCUGACAGUAGAAGAGAACAUUGUCACAGAAGGGUGGUUUCUACUGUUCUGUAAAUGCUGAAGAAGUAUUUGUGGAAAAAAGUGGUUAGAUAAAGGCAAAGCAUCUAUGGGGAAAGCAGGAGACACUGCUUUGGCCAAGUUCAUUGCAGUG